GUUAGGGUGAUUCUCAAGCAAUUUUUGUGAAGGAUUUUACAAUUGAGUUUUGGUAGAAUCUGCAGAUAUUUAUCAAAUGGCACUCUCCUACUUCCCAGAAACUAACAAAAACGAAAGAGAAUUUGCCAAAUUCCUGCUUCUUCUUAGUCUAGCACAAGUGCAUUAACAAAUAGAAAAAAAAAAAAAAAAUCCUUUUCUCCCGCACACACAUUCUAGCCUACUAAAACUUUCUCUCUCUUUCUCUCUCUCUCUGUAAAUACUGAGAGUAUUUCUGCAUUUGUUUCCAAGAAUCUCUCACAACUCCCAGAGGAAACAUAGGUGCUGAAAGUAAAUCUAGACUCAAAUUCAGAUAUAGUCAAGUGGGGUUGUCAUAUUUUUGGUGGAAUUAUCAGGUUAAGUUGAUUUGUGAGUCUGGGAUUUUUUGGGUAUGGCUAGUUGUACAUCAGCUGUGUGUAUGCCUCCUGAUACUCGAUUGCGAAAUGGGUUAUUAGCUGUUCUUGGGAAAAGAUUUUGCCCUUUGAAAAUGCAAGAUGAGAAAAAUGGAUUCUUAGGUGUUAACCAAAAGGGUAUCUCAAGUUGGCCACAUUUAAAGUGUUCAGCUAAUUCACAUAGGUUCAACAAUUAUCAAAGUAAAGACUCAUUUCUAAAUCUGCAUCCUGAAAUUUCAAUGCUCCGAGGUGAAGGAAACGAUACUUUUACUACCUCUAAACAAGAAAGCUCUGGUGGAGCUGUCACUGAGAGCUUAAUGGACUCGUCGAACUUGAAGAAUUUCAAUGAGGCUAAAAUUAAGGUGGUUGGUGUAGGAGGCGGUGGAUCAAAUGCAGUUAAUCGUAUGAUUGAGAGCUCUAUGAAUGGUGUGGAGUUUUGGAUUGUGAACACUGAUAUUCAGGCGAUCAGGAUGUCACCUGCGUUUCCUGAGCAUCGAUUGCCAAUAGGCCAAGAGCUCACGAGAGGACUCGGCGCCGGAGGUAAUCCAGAUAUAGGAAUGAAUGCUGCCAAAGAAAGCAAGGAAGCUAUUGAAGAUGCAGUUCGUGGUGCAGAUAUGGUUUUUGUGACUGCUGGAAUGGGUGGAGGAACAGGGACUGGUGGGGCCCCUAUAAUUGCUGGAAUUGCCAAGUCAAUGGGUAUCUUAACUGUUGGUAUUGUCACAACCCCCUUUUCUUUUGAGGGACGAAGAAGAGCAGUUCAAGCCCAAGAAGGAAUUGCAGCUUUGAGAGAAAAUGUUGAUACUCUGAUUGUCAUUCCUAAUGACAAGUUAUUGACUGCUGUUUCCGCAUCAACCCCAGUAACUGAAGCUUUUAACCUAGCUGAUGAUAUUCUUCGGCAAGGAGUUCGUGGUAUUUCAGAUAUAAUUACGAUUCCUGGGCUGGUUAAUGUGGAUUUUGCGGAUGUGCGUGCUAUUAUGGCAAAUGCAGGUUCCUCGUUGAUGGGAAUAGGAACUGCUACAGGGAAGACCAGAGCCAGAGAUGCUGCAUUGAAUGCCGUUCAAUCUCCUUUGCUGGACAUUGGCAUAGAGAGAGCUACUGGAAUUGUGUGGAAUAUUACUGGUGGUAGCGAUUUAACAUUAUUUGAGGUAAAUGCUGCAGCUGAAGUUAUAUAUGACCUUGUUGAUCCAAGUGCCAACCUCAUUUUUGGAGCUGUGAUAGACCCAUCAUUAAGUGGACAGGUCAGUAUAACCCUAAUUGCCACCGGUUUUAAGCGCCAAGAAGAAAGUGAUGGAAGGCCCCUCCAGGGAAACCAACUAGCACAGGGAGAUGCCAACAUUGGAAUCAACCGACGACCUUCAUCCUUCUUGGAAGGUGGUUCAGUUGAGAUCCCUGAGUUCCUCCGGAAGAAAGGGGGCUCUCGCUAUCCAAGAGUUUAAGAUCUUAGGUAUGCUCCUAAUAGUAACUCUAUCUCAGGGAAGUUACAUCCGAUGCCCUUUCUUAGUACAUGGAUACUUGUUCUGUUUUUCACUAGUCAUGCCGUAUAUAUCACUUCUUGGCGUUCAUUGGAAUAAGCUGGAGCUUUUUACGUUGAGAUAUGGAAGCAGCAGUCAGCGACCUUGUCAUUCAUUUAAGUGUACUGCAACAUAUUUGAUGUGUAGGUAGAACUCGGGCACGUGUGUGUGAUUUAGGAUCAGUUUUUCCUCAGUAGGGUAUGUCCAAUGCGUCCUAUCUCUAUGCUUUGCCACUAAUAGUAUGUGAAGAUCAAUUAUGUUUGGUGUGAAAUUGGAGGACUAUCUUUAUGAUAGCAAUGAAGAUAUUCAAACGACUAAGCCAUUUUCUUUUGAGUGAAAAGAUGCAGGUAGAUUAUCCACUGCUAGGGAGAAUUGCAAAAGAAACCAAUAUUUGUGAAAGGAUGAGUAGUAGUACAAGUACUGUUUUUAGUGCAUUAUAU